AUGGAUUCAAACGGAGGUGCUCAAGUGAUAAAAGCUCUUGAAGUCAUAUAUUCACCAAAAUCAAAUAAUGAACAGCGUCUCGAGAGUCAACAGUUUUUAGAUAAUGUUAAAUUACAAGAGGAAUCACCUUUAUGGGGUUAUGAAAUUGCUUUAAAUAAUUCAUCAAAUUUUAUAGUAAAACAUUUCGGAUUAGGUCUCUUAACACAUGCAUUAAAGACACACUGGAAUAAUUACGAUGCUCAAAGAAGAAUUGCUUUAAGAAAAUGGAUAAUGGAAUUAAAUUAUAGAGUAACAAAUGAAGAUCCACGUUAUAUUAAAGAAAAAUUAGCAUUUUUAUGGGUAGAAGUUGCUAAAAGAUCAUGGGGUGAAGCUUUAAAAGGUGGAGAACCAACUGAUGAACUUUUAACAGAAUCAUGGGUUGAUAUGGAUAAUAAUUUAUCGGAAUUAUGGAAUAUUAAUCAAGCCUCAAGAGAAGUUACUUUAAUUAUAUUUAGAAUUUUAUUCGAAGAUGUUUUUUUAUUAGAUGACAUGAUUGUACUUAAAAGAAUGACAAUUAUACAACCUUUAUGUGUUAUGAUAGUAUGUCCAAUGGAAGUCUUUGCAUCUAAAUAUAAAUUUACUGAAAAAUGGACAUUAUUUAGAUCAAGUAAUGAUGGAUGGUUUAAAAUAUGGAUUGAUGAAUUGAAUAAUGCUUUAAGUGAAAAUAAUCAAGAAUAUGUUAUUAGAUUAUUAGAAACUUUAAAGACUUGUUUAAAUUGGCCAUUAAGUGAAGUUAUUAUUAGAAAUGAUGUCAUUUCUACUUUAUUACGUUGUUUCUUAAGUGAUAUUCCAAAGGCUCAAUCAAUGGCUUUAGAUUCAAUGCAUAUUUUAUUAACAAGACCUUAUAGUAAUGACGAUCAUUACAAAUCGAUAAUAAAUAAUGUUUUCAAUAAUAUUGAUACUUUAGAAAAAGUUUAUGAUAGUUUACAAUUUGAUGCCAAAAAUGGUAUUGAUGACGCCAAAUAUCCAAUUAUUAAGAAAUUCGUUGAUAUGAUAAGUUGUUUAUAUGUUUGUGUCUUUAAAGUGGAUGAUAAUGAAAAUCAAGUUGAAAAAUAUUUAAGACUAGUAUUAAAGGCCACCUACAAUGAAAGUUUAAUUGUUAGCGGUUUAACUUUAGAUUUAUGGUGUUCUUGUUUAAGAAAUGAUAAUUUUUUACCAUAUUUAGAAAAAUUCAUUAUACCAGAUUUAUUACAAUAUGCAGCAGAUGCAUUAAUAUACUAUGAACAGAUUCCAGAUCAUGUAUCAAAAAUAUUUGCUGAAACAGAUUUUCAAUCAAAAACAGAAUUUCAAUCAUUUUGUUCAAGUUAUAGGAAAAAUAUUAGAGAUAUUAUUAGAUUGAUCUCCUGUGUGAAAUUAGAUUUUGCUUAUGAAUGGUUAAAUGUAAGAUUAAAUACUUAUUUCAGCUCACAAUAUGGUCAACAAGUGCUUGGUUCAACAUUUUUAGAUUUAAAAUCAGAACCUUAUUUAAGUGCAUUAUCACAAUUUAUGAUCAUUGAAUGUUUCAUUAAUGGUUGUAUACGAUGGAAAAUUUGGUAUACUAAUUCAGACGAUUAUGAUACAAAAUUAGACAAUAUUCUGAAUAAAUUAGAAAUGUUAUCAAAUCAACUUAUUGCCUUAAAUAUUAGAGAACCAUUGUUAUUAAAGAAAGAAAUUCAAAAUUUUGCUUUGUUUUUAACAAUGUUAAAGGAUAACGUAUUAUUCACAUUAUUAGAAAAAAUUAUUACAACAGCUACCAUGGAUUAUCCAGGUAUCGAUGAAGAAAAUAAUACUGAGGAGUAUGAAGCUGUUAGAGAACUUAGGUAUGCAUGUGGUAUUGAAUUGAAUAGAAUGGCUUUAUUAAUGCCAGAAUCUUUGAAAAGUAUAUACCCUGAUCUAGAAAGUGUCGUUUCAAGAAUACUCCCCAAAUUAUCAUACCAUGAGAAGAUAUCAUUUAAAUCAUUUCUUUUGACAAUUGUAUUAAAAUCGUCAUUAGAUAGAAAAGAGGAAAGGUUUGCUGAACUUGUCGACAGUGAGUUAGUGGCCUGGUCAGAUAAAAGCACGGAAGUUGGUUUAUCAGAUCUUCCUUGGUUUAUGGAACGUCUGGGUAUUGUUAAGAUUGCAGAGUAUUUCCAAAGAAGAAAUAUAGAUGAAAAUAGUGAUCUAUUAUCUAUUCCGAUAGAUGAAGAAGGUAAACAACUGAAAAUGGAAUUAACAAAACGUUGGCAAACAUUAUUCCCAGUCAGAGCUACAAGAAUGUUUAUUCAUUAUUCUAUGCAAAGCGUGAAGAAGGACUCCGAAUUUAAGAUGUUACAAGAUAUGUGGAGACCACGUAUUGUUCCAAUCUUGCCAUAUAUUCUAAGAUUAUUGUUUCAAUUACAAUCUUACCAUGAUCCUGAAAAUUGGAAAGAAUUACCAAACGUUGUUCAAUCCUUCGUGAAAUAUUCUACGGUUGAACGUUUUUGGGAAGCAGGUGCUUCCAAUAAAUCUAAAGAUGAAUUCAUAGAUGAACACAUGAAAGCUAUGCAUACUUUAAGAGAUUUCGCCGAUUCGGUUGGGCAUAUUGUGAGGUAUACUAGAGAAUAUACUUUGUUAGUUGUGGCCGCUAUAUCCUCAUUAGGUAGUGUGUUCUUUGAUAUCGAUGAGAUGCCUGAACUGUUAUUUAAUUCUAUUGCUAUUUACAAGCCCGAAAGAAAUGAAAUCAGUCCAGGUGUAUCUACUCACGGCUGGAAACAUAUCCUAAACGUGGCUAUUAGACCAAUUUUAAAGAAUUGUCCAGAUGAAUGUGCAUCGAAAUUUAUGCCAGUGUUUUUACCAAAACUGUUUAACACACUUGACGUAAUACUAUGCGAGAAAUGGAGUAAAGUUAUGCAAGGCCACGAAGGUGAACCUCUGCCUACAGAUGACGAGGAGAUGACAGAAGAGAUUCUAGAAGAAAACUUACUAAGACAGUUGACCACUGUUGUUGUAUUGAUACUAAUAGAUAGUGUUGGACAAAAUGGUUCGAGUUCUAAGAGUAAGUUAAAUUCUCAUCAAAUAAAAAUGAGAAAGACUAUAUUUGAAGAUAUUAACAUUCUAGCCCCAUUUUUAAAAUUACUUAACCAUCUGAUUUCAUUUAAGGACACGAAGUGUUCAUUCAAUGCAGUUCUUCUAAUGAAGUCAUGUCUAGCUGAUGUUCUUAUCAAAAACGAAAGUGUAGAUGAAUUCUUUACAGUAGAAGUGAUGAAAACAUUACUUUUUAACCUCACUGCCAACAACUCAAACCGUGAUUCAUUUUAUGAAGGAAUGUAUGUCUUUACUGUAUUAUUUCUAACUUUGUACAAAGAGUACAAAUCUACAAGACAAUACCUGUAUGAAAUUUCACACGGUUACGAUAUUGAAGAUUUAUAUGAAAACCUAAGGAAAGUUGAUAAUUUCAAGAAUCAAAGAGCAUUGAUGGUAGAAUACUUUGAUUAUAUUAGGAGAAACAAUGGUUCUUCGACUGAUAACGACAAUGAUGUUGUUGCAGAUGAGCGAAAGAGACAGGAAAAGAGGGAAGCAAAUCUUUUAAAGGCCACCCAAAAACUUGUCCAAAAGAACAAGGGCGCAACUGAUUUGUUGGACGACCCAUCAACCGAAAAUGACGCCAUGGGCAAUUUAUUCGGCUCAGCAUAA